GGCGGCGGCCCCGGUCCCGGCGGCGUCUUGCGGCACGGCACGGCUGGGCGCCGGCCGAGAUGCCGUGCCGCCCGGGCGAGCGCUUCCUGCUGCUGGAACGCUCGGUUGCUGUGGGGCAAGCGGGCUCCAAGGAGGUAGACGCGCUGGUGGCCAAGCUGGGCGAGGUGCUGCAGCUGAGCGCCCAGCGGGCGCCGCCGCCGCCCCGCGCCCCGAAGCACCUGGGGCCGGGCAGCGCCCGCGACCGCGCCGCCCCCUACUCGCCGCGCUGCACCGGCGGCGGCCUGCUAGCGCCCCGGGGACCAGCCCCGCCGCAAGGCCAUCCACAGCACGCCGAGCCCCCGCGAGUGGACAGGAUCGGGCAGCAGCGGGUGACCAAGCAGCUGUGCGGCCGCGGCUGGCUGCGGAGCGCCGCCCGACGGAGGAAGCACCCGCCGCCGGGGCCGGGCGAAGGGCCGGCAGAGGAGGAAGACCCCCAUCGGCUCCUGCAGCAGCUCAUCCUUUCCGGCAACCUCAUCAAAGAAGCCGUCCGGCGGUUGCAGCUAGCGGCGGCGGCGGCAGCGGCGGCGGCCUCCACGGCCUCGAGCGGCAGCGCCUCGGCGGGGAGCAGCGGAGCGGACGGCGAGGCGGCCGAGGCGGCGGUGGUGCAGCCCCUGCAGUAGCCGGCGGGGACGAGCGGCGGCGGCCGGAGCGGAGGAGCGCGGCCGAAGCGGCCGCUGGCGGCGGGGCCGCGGCCGGCCGGACUGCGGGACAGCGGCGCUGGCUCCGCCGCGAUGUAAGUCUCCCCCGCGGCGGGGCCCCCCUGUCCCGCUGCCGGGCGCGGAGGGGCCAGGCCGGGCGCAGCGGGUCGGAGUCGGUUGGGGUGGGGCGGGUGUGCCCCCCCCCCCCCGCGCCCCAAGGUCACCCCCGGCGCGGCGCCGAGCCUCGCCGCUCUCCAGCCGGCGGAGGCCGCGCACGCCGCCCGCCCCGCGCUGUUGUUGUGACCCCCCACACACACUUCGCCUUCCCCGGGAGCUCCUCCUCCUCCUCCCCCCCGCCGGGAAACCCGGCCGGGGCUGCAGCCCCCCCGCCGCCGGUGCCCCGGCCGCCGCGGGGCUGCUCCGUCUCCCGGGAGCCAUUUGCAAUAAUUCUCGCUGACCCCGGCGGGAGGUGUUUCCUGCCCGGCCCGGGCUUUUUUUGUUUGGUUGUUGGUAAUGUUUUUUUUAACGAUUAUUUUGACGUUUUGAGUAUUUUUUUUUUUCCCCCGUUGUGACUGUAUGAAGCAGUUUUUUUAAAAUGUGAAUAUCGAAGCUGGAAGGCAGCUGGACUUAAAAUUGUAAAGCCUGAUGAGUGAAUGGAGCCUGAGAUGCAUUGUUCACGUAAGGUAGCCGAAACAAGUUUUUUUUUCUACCAAAAAAAAAAAACGAAAAGGAAAAAAAAACCCACUACCCCAACCCGGAAUCCUCCGUUCCCCGACAAACUCAAUGGCUCGAAUACAAGGUGCAGCUGUUGAUUUUAAAUAUAUGCACUUCGUACCGGAGUGUUUGAACUGUGUUCCUGAUUUACAGGACUUACUGUCUUAAUUAACCUGUCUGUAUUGAAUAAACGUGGUUCUUGUUUUUA